AUGGUGGGGAGCAUGACGCCUUUACAAAAGACUGCCACGUUUAAGAAGUAUGAGGCGCGUGUUCAACGAUUGCUGGAGCAGCUGCAAUGGUACCAAAAUUAUAAUCAUCUUUUUAAGCGUGUCGAGGCUUCAGAUGCCUUUACGAAGAGCAAUGUUGCUACCGAAACGCAAGUCGUGCUGGAUCGGACUGACGGGACCGCGGGUGGGGCUUCUCCGGGUAAUGUAGUGGGUUUGGACGAGGCGUGCCGACGAUUUAACGCUCCUGCACCACCUUUCGCAGAUGCCGCAGAACCGGACGAAACUGAAGAAAUUACCACCGUCGCUUUAGUCACAGACUACAAUGUGGGGAGUGACAGUCAACGGGUGCAAGCUUUUAUCGAGAGACAGAAUGCCAUUAGCUGA